CUUAGACCGCUCGGCCAUCCUGACAUGUUGGGAGUAGCUUUUCAUAUUACAGAUGAUUUCAACGCAUGUGUAUAAUUCAUAUGUCGUUGUCUGUUAGUCUAGCCCGGCUUUAAAUCAUGAAACUGAUCUAUUCUGCAUUUCAUAUUUAACUUUGCUUAGUAACGACCGGAGACAAUGAUCAGCGAGUAUUUUUAGCUACAUGCUAGCAAGCUGGCUAGCUUAGCUGCGUAGCAAGUGGUUCCGAAUAUACUGUACGGCUGCUCAUUCGUAUGAGUGUAUAUGGUUAUUUGGAGCGUGCUUAACAUUAGACAUGUAGGUAAAUAUAAAACCUGUUGAAAGCGAAAGGCGAAAGGGCGGUCAUCAGAAAACAGCUGAGGUUAGCGUGGACCCUUGAGAAGAAUGGCAGCUGCUCCACCUCCCAACUUUUCAUGGGUUGAACCACAAAAAUUAGCUGGACUAGGGAUGCCAAGGAUGACAGCCCAUUAUCAGUUUCUGCUAAAUAACGGAAUCAAACACUUAAUCACUUUGUCUGAAAGAAAGCCCCCUUACCAUGACACUUGUCCAGAGUUGACUUUGCAUCACAUCAGAAUACAUGACUUCUGUGCGCCAACUUUUGAUCAAAUCAAACGCUUCUUGUCCAUAGUGGAGGAGGCCAAUUCGAAAGGAGAGGGGGUCGCUGUGCACUGUUUGCAUGGUUUCGGAAGAACCGGAACUAUGUUAGCCUGCUACUUGGUGAAGAAAAGAAAAAUCAGUGGGAUUGAUGCCAUUAAUGAAAUUAGAAAGAUACGCCGUGGUUCUAUCGAAACUCGAGAACAGGAGCAAAUGGUAGUGCAGUUCUAUCAGCAAAAUAAAUGUUGAUGUAUUGUAUAUUAACUAAUAUAAAAUGUAACUACUUGACAGAGUUGUGCUGUGCAUACUGUCAUCAUUUAUAUUUAUAGAGACGAAAUCAACAAACAAUAUAAAAGUGCUAUGUAAAUAUUUCAUAUAUAACAGUUAUAACUAUUUGCAUUUUUAAGGACUUGCUGAAAAUAAUGAGAUGUACACUGAUCAGGCAUAACAUUAUGAACACCUGCCUAAUAUUGUGUUUGUCCCCUUUUGCUGCCAAAACAGCCCUGACCCGUCGAGGCAUGGACUCCACUAGAUCCCUGAAAGUGUGCCUAUGGGCCCCACCUCGCAACUUACAGGACUUAAGUGACUUAAAGACUUAAUGACUUAAAGGAUACUUACAGGACUUAAAGGACUUACAGGACUUAAUGGAUACUUUCGAUAGGUACUGACCACUGCAGACCGGCAACACCCCACAAGAGCUGCAGUUUUGGAGAUGCUCUGAUCCAUCACAAUUUGGCCCUUGUCAAACUCGCUCAAAUCCUUACGCUUGUCCAUUUUUCCUGCUUCUAACACAUCAACUUUUAAGAUAAAAUGUUCACUGCAUUUCAUUGGCUCUGUACACGUACUCUGCACAAUGACAAUAAAGUUGAAUCUAAUCUAAUCUAAUAUAUCCCACCCAUUAACAGGUGCCAUGAUGAGGAGAUAAUCGGUGGUAUUCACUUUGCCUGUCAGUGAUCAUAAUGUUAUGCCUGAUCGGUGUAUGCUAAAGUGACAAAAUGACAACUAUGCACAGUCCUAUACCUCCAUAUCUGCAAUGUUUAUAAUCAGUGUUAGAGCAAUGGUUAAAAAGACAAAAAUCAACUGCUUGAUCCCAUUAACUGCGUGAUUAUAAUUUUAGAGAUUUUACACACAUCUGAGUCUUGUUACAUGCUGUUUCUAAUUAUUCUUUAGAAAAAUAGCAAUUUAUAAGCGUAAUAAGUUAUAAGUGUUAGCUCAAACAUUAUGUCUUAUUUUCAAAGCCUAGGGCAAAUGUGUGAGACGGUGAAAAAAGAUUUUCUGCAGCUCCUGUGUAUUUGGUAUUCAAUAAACAUUGAUUCAUGCUACAUUGUAAACAUAUAGUUUGUUAAUAAUGGUAACAAUUUCUAACUGUGUCAUUCAUCAGUACUUUGGUUGUAGCACUGACAUUGAGCAGACUUCACAGUAUUGUACCAAACUCUCUGCAGUCACUAAGCACGUGUUCCUCUGUAAACAUUGCACAGAUUUCUUUACAGGUACCUGUUUAACACAUGUACGCAUAUGUUAAUAGUUUUAGCUCUCUAGUUUGAAGUCAGGCACGCACAUUUUUCAACAUCCAUUACUUUAAAAACAUUUACUCUUUAUAAAAUAUUAGUAUGUGAUUACCUGCUACAGAUUGCCUGACACGGUGUGCCAUAUGUAUACAUCAAGGUAGAGUUAGCAAUAUUCCUUUUUCUAAAAGUCUGAAGGUUGAAUUGUUUGUUAAAAAAACAAUCAGGAUUCUAAUAUUCAUUUGGAAAUUAAUUCCAACAUUUUUGCUUUGACCAAAAAAUAUUUAUAUUUAUACUUUUUUAAAGAAUUCUUCAACUUAAUCUUUUGUCACGAUAAAGACUUUUCAAGACUUUCUUCAAGUUUUCAUCGUUUGUUCCUGUCAACAACUCAUGCAUCACGUGCCUACUGUUUCCUUAACCCCGUGCUGUAUUUUUAGAA